UUCGUCUUUAGGACCGCCUCUCGCUGUUGGUGUUCUUCUCUGACGCCUAGAAGGCGGUCAGCUUAAAAAGGAAGACAGCGAGAGAGGGAGACAUACUCUCACUCUCGGGCUUUGAGGGGUCGCUUUUUGUUAUUUCUUCCUCUUCCUCCGGGAAUUGCGGCUUCUUCAGGGUGGCUUUGCAGGGCUCCGUUCAGAACCGGCAUCACGUGUUCGUUUUCGGUUCCAAGAAGAAGCGCCUCAGACGCAAUUUGUGCCGUCCCCCCACUCCCGGUUAUCUCAACCAGGCGAACGAAGAUAUUUAAAUAUAUAGAGCGCGAUAAGCAGACAGUUUAGAGUUUAGAGCUUGUUUAGAGAGCUUCCUCGGCCCAGUAGCUGAUUGAACCAGUUUACCCAGGACAGUCCUUUAGGCUAAUUGGCUGGUAACUGGCUCCAGAGAAAUCGCUUCUAAAAAGUCGUAUGUGGCUUGCUGGUCCUGCCGACUGUGAAGUGUUGGCAUAGAAAAAACGAGCAGGUGAAGCCCUGGAGGUUCAUUGUUUUGAAGGGAAGAGUAUUGAUCCUAAUACAACGUGACGCUUUUUGGAUGGCUUUGGAGAACGUGUGUGAGAGAGGGAAAACAAAGACUUUAUAGCAAAUGGGACUGUUCAUGAGAAGGUGGGAAAAGUAGCCUUUGAGCUGCUGCUAAGGAUCAUCUUUGUUCGUCCAUAACUGUCCUGAUACAAUAUGUCUCAAGAAAGUGAACAUGGAAAAUGGACAGUGUCUAGUAGUGAUGAGAGUGCAGAUGAGCAAGCUGAGGGUGGAAAGCCUUCCACUUCUUUGCUGCAGCAAACCGGUCGAGACAAGGGUAGUGGGCCCCAUUACUCUUGCUCUGAGGCUAGGAAAGCUGCUUACAAGAGAAAACCUUCCUCUCUGAAACGUAAUAAUGAAGGUUUAACAUGUGAGAUGGCUCCAGCUCAAAAACAGAAGCCUUCUCAGGAAGGUUUAGGCUGGUGCCUUUCAAGUAGUGAUGAUGAGGCUGCUCCCAAAGCGCAAAGAGGGAAAGGAGGUGCCACAGCUAGUACCAGACAGGAAGAGGGUUGUGGUGCUAAGGAGCCAGCAUCAAAUCAUAAACUUCCCCUGAGUCACAAAUCUACAGAGUCAUCUGACAGAGUACAGGAUGCUUGGGAUCUGCUGAAUGGAGGGAACCCUUUCAGAUUCUUCCUCGCUAAAGUCAAAGGAAUUAAGUCAGAGUACAAUUCUGGAGCUCUCCACAUAAAAGAUAUUUUGUCUCCUCUGUUUGGGACUCUUGUAUCUUCUGCUCAGUUUAACUAUUGUAUAGAUGUGGAGUGGCUUGUUAAACAGUAUCCAAAGGAAUUCAGGGACAAACCUUUGUUAAUAGUCCAUGGAGAGAAGCGAGAAUCCAAGGCUGAGCUACAUGAACAAGCACAUCCUUAUAAAAAUGUCCGCUUGUGCCAGGCGAAAUUGGAUAUUGCCUUUGGAACCCAUCACACGAAAAUGAUGUUGCUGUAUUAUGAAGAAGGCCUUCGAGUGGUGAUACAUACAUCCAACCUUAUUGAUGAUGAUUGGUACCAGAAAACACAAGGAAUAUGGCUAAGUCCUUUGUAUCCAAAACUACCACCUGGAGCUGCUGAGUCUGCUGGUGAAUCUCAUACCAAUUUUAAAUCUGACCUAAUAAGCUAUUUGAUGUCUUACAAUUCUCCUACUCUCAGUGAAUGGGUUGAAAUAAUCAAGCAACAUGAUCUUUCAGAGACAAGAGUAUAUCUUCUUGGUUCAACUCCAGGUCGAUACCAAAGCAGUGAAAAAGAGAAAUGGGGUCAUCUUAGACUUAGAAAGCUUUUGAAAGAGCAUGCAACACAAGUACCUGAUCAGGAUUCUUGGCCUGUAAUAGGACAGUUCUCCAGCAUUGGAUCUUUGGGAGCUGAUCAAUCCAAAUGGCUAUUUUCAGAAUUUAGAGACAGUUUCAUCUCUCUGGGAAACAGGGCAAAGACUCUGACAAAUCAUGAUGUUCCUAUUCAUCUGGUUUACCCAACUGUGGACAAUGUGAGACAGAGUUUAGAAGGUUACCCAGCUGGAGGCUCUCUUCCAUACAGUAUACAAACAGCACAGAAACAGCUUUGGCUGCACUCUUACUUCCACAAAUGGUCAGCAGAAACCUCAGGUCGUAGCCAUGCGAUGCCACAUAUUAAGACUUAUAUGAGAGCAUCUCCAGAUUUCCAGAAGAUUGCAUGGUUUCUGGUUACAAGUGCAAAUCUUUCCAAGGCUGCUUGGGGAGCUUUUGAGAAAAAUGGCGCCCAGCUGAUGAUCCGAUCAUAUGAGCUAGGAGUCCUCUUCCUGCCAUCGGAAUUUGGUUUGGAUCUGGGCUACUUUCAAGUGAAGGAAAACAUGCUUUCUGAUGAGCCAGUACUGUCAUUUCCUGUACCUUAUGAUCUGCCCCCAGAGAAGUAUGAAAGCAAAGAUCACCCAUGGAUUUGGAAUAUUCCCUACACCAGAGCGCCUGAUACACAUGGAAACAUGUGGGUCCCUAAAUGAACAGCCCAAGUUUACUCUGAAAUUUCAGCAUCUUUAUUUCUGAGCCCACUCAUGUUCCUGUGAGAUCUGCUGGUUUUAAUACAGUUGUACAGAGAGUAUAAACCUGUUCCUAUAAAAUAAAGUACAUUCUUUAGACUGAAAACAUUUUUAGAGAAAAUAACUACCAUGUAGCUUAACUGUUAAAGCUUAUGAUAAUACAGUGCCUUUUAAAUUGCCUAUGUAAACUUGAUUACUCUAUUUUGAAAUGACCAUGUGAAUUAUGUCAGAUGGCUAUCUUUGUACUUUAGCUUGAAUAUUUUCAACCCUGUUCUGUUUUUUCUUGGAAACAGUGGCCCUGAUGAAGGAAAAAGUUGUAUAGAAUUGAAAUAAAGUGAAUAAAAGUUAUUGAUUACUUAAGUCAUUGAAUUAUGA